UCAUUCACAUAAAGUGAGAAAACCAUCAUAAACUUCAUCUUCAUUCACCACCACCUUCUCCAAGUUCAAGCAAUUAAAAAUAUGGAAAUAAAGAGAUACUUAAGCAGAAGGGGCUACCGGCGUAUCGACUACGGCACAACCACGACCGGCCAACGGAAGAAGAUGCAGAUCAUUCGGAUUAGAGGUCCACGUAGAGAUUGGAGGAUCAGAACAAGUCCAAAGCUAAGAUGGAUGAUAAGAUCACCAGUGAAAUUGGUGAGAAAGGUUAAGAAUAUUUAUAUGAACUUUAUGUUGAAGUUGGCUGGUAAUGUAGGAGGGGCCUUGAACACUGAUAACAAGUUUGGUGUGAAAAGGACUCUAAAGGCUCGUCAAGGGUCUUCUAAAGGUUAUUCUGGUGAUGCAUUUGAGGCCAGGCUUAUAUUUGAGAUUUCUAAGAACUUGGUUGCUUCACACGAACUAUAUUCCAUGUAAUUGUUUGAUUCUUUUUGUUUUCUUAAUUUUGUUGUAAGAACUUGCACAUGAUUCCCACAAUUAGGAAAAAUGUUAAAGAAUGAAUUCAAUUGUAUCUUAGUUUAGGGUACUGUUGAUAUAAAAAAGGAAUAUGCCAAAAUAUCUGUAUAUACCACAUUCUCUUUAUUAUAUGAAAAAAAAAUAAUAGUAGAAGACAUCUCGUUACGCCCCUUGAUUCUCUUAUGUAUUUGGCGAAAUUUUAAAUAUGUUGUUUUUGUAGAUGUACAUCCGGAAGUAUUUUUUUUGGGUCAAAAAUUGAAUCUUUCCGUAAGUGCAUCUACGAAAAUAAUUUAAACUAGUGAACGUUGGGGGAAAAUGACAAAUAUAAUUCAGUUCAGAGAAUAUUCCGUAGGUACAUCUACGGAAUGACUUAGCGCUAGAAUGUUCCCUAGAUGCACAUACGAAAGUAUCUGGUAUAUUUUGAACCAACAUGAUCAUUCCCCCAUUGUUACAUUUCUUCUUCAACACUUCCUCUCCACAACCUAAAAACCCUACAUCUUCAAUAUCAUUUUUU